AUGGGAAAUUUKCCAGUCGAAAGACUUCGAGCACUACGGCCCUUUCUUAUAUGUGGCGUAGAUUUUUGUGGUCCGAUAUACACAACUUUGAAAAUACGCGGUCGAACACCCGUGAAAACUUAUAUUGCUGUUUUCGUUUGCUUUACUUCCAAAGCAGUACAUUUAGAAUUAGUUUCGGCCCUAUCUUCUAAUUCAUUUAUUUUCGMCCUAAAAUGGUUCAUUGGACGCCGAGGAAUCCCGACGAAGAUAUUCAGCAAAAACGCCAACAAUUUCGUCGGCGCCGAUCGCAAGCUGCGCGAAUUGAAGGAGGCGUUUCUGGAAAUGGGUCCAGAACUGAAGAGAUUCGCAGCAGACGAAGGGUGCAGCUUCAUCUUUAUACCACCGCGGGCGCCGCACUUCGGCGGAUUAUGGGAAGCCGCGGUGAAGUCCGCCAAACACCACAUCGUUCGGGUAACCGGCAAAGCGCUACGCACAGCAGAGGAGUUAGCAACAGUGUUGGCCAUCCUAAACUCUCGCCCCCUAGUACUUCUGAGCCAAGAUCCUAACGGCGGGGAGGCACUAACCCCAGCGCAUCUACUAAUAGGUGCCAGUGGAUCCAGUUCGUUGUUGCGAGAGAUGGCAACUUGUUUGCUGGCUCCAGCAACAGUUCUGGCGACAGUGGUCCAACGUAUACCUGACGGGCUUUCAGGAGCGCAACGCAAACGCAAAAUGCAGCUCAACGACCUCGUUCUCGUCCACGAGGACAACGUGCCACCGCAGCAGUGGGUACUAGGGCGCGUCGUCGCAACGGCAAGGUGCGCAUCGCAGACGUGGCACCAAGACGGGCACAAUUCAGCGUCCCAUCCACAAACUGGCCGUGCUUCCACUGGAAAUUGA